GAAAACCCUACAAACUGUACAGUUUUGAACAAUAAUUUUUCUUCUGAAUUUAUUGAUGUUUGGCAAGGAUUUUUAAAGUGGAUAAAAAAUAGAAAACACACUAAAAUUCAGUUCAAUUUCGAAUAAAUUAUAUUCGCAACAAGAGAUAUUAUUGGAACAAGUUGGAAUAUCCAAGAAUUUAAACAAAUUUAGACGGUGAAAGUAGAAGAUAAGGAAAAUUCUUGAAAGCAUUGAUUGGAGUACAACACAACGUGUUUACAUUGUCGAAUAAGAAAUUACAUCAGAUUUUACAUUCUUAAAUGUGUUCGUAAAAACCUUUCUAUAGAAGAAAAAAUACUCACAGUCACGUAGACAUACCGGAACGAUAUCAAAAAAAAAAAAAUAGGAAGAAGAAAAGAAAACAGAAACUCGAAAUAUAAAUUCUUCUCUCUCCUUUUUCUCUCUUCGUUGAAAUUACGAGGAAAAACAGGGAAAAGUUUAUUUUCUUCGUUUCUUUUUUGCGAAGUUUAAGCCGGUGAUUGUAAGAGAGAAAAUUUUGUACUUGAGAAAGAAAAAGAAGCAGAAACUUGCCUCGAAGGAAAAGAAAAGUAAAGCAGAAGGAAAUUUCCCACAUAUCGAGAGUGAGAGAAAAAAAAAAAGUUGAUUAUAGCGAAGCGUCUUGGUAUUUCAAAACUGCGUAGUAAGCCACCAAUAAAAAAAGAGCAAAAUUGACAGAAAAAAAAGUUUCACCGUGAGAAUUUCCAUCUCAGUGUUCGAUAACGAAAGCUUAAGUAGUACAAGUGAUAAGAUCUAUUAAAAGAAGAGAAGUGAGCGAAGAAGAGCUUGCCAAUACACAAUAAGAGAAAAUUUUCAAUUUGAUAAUAAGAAAUAGAAUUGAAUUUCUCAGUAGACGAAGUGCUGCAAGCCAAGGAAAAAGUAUCAACAGAGAAGCACUGAAGACAGAGAGAAAAAGAAGAAAAGUCCGCGCCUUUUAAGAAUAUAAAAAUACAAAAACUUAGUGCGCAAUAGAUUCAAAGCUUGACGAAUCUUAACUAAACAGUUUGUAAGAGAAAUUAGCCGGUUCACAUGUUAAAUUAUCGACUAGUGUCAACACAUUUCUUGAAACAACCAUAAGAAACUUUUUUGUGGGUAUUCCGAGUUCUUGAAAAGUUCUUCGAAUAAAAUUUCAUCAUCAAAUUGUCGAGUUAGUAGAGAAGAAUAGAAAAUUAAAAUAAGUGAAAAUGUGCAGAGAUCGCGAUAUGCUUUACGUAGUGAAAUAAAAAAAUCUCUUUUUAAUUAAUCAUCGAAUAUAAACAAAUAAGUAAAUAUAUAUAUAAUAUCAACAAAGGAAUAGCAAGCUUGAGGAGAUAAGGCUAUUGCUGUUUUCAUAUCAUCAAUCACACUACUUAGAUAAGCGAUUCAUCAUCCCGAAGCGCACUUCCCUAUUUCUUGAACUUAUCUACAAUUUGUCUGAUGACCACAACAUCUCGAUUACUUUAAAAUCAUUCGAAUUCUUUCAUCAAUUUGAGAGUAAAGAAAGAAAAAAAUUCAUCGAAACUUUGGAACAAAGAAAACAUAAUUCCAAAGUUGUAAACAAGUGAAAUUUUUGUUUACCGACAAAAGAGCAGCCAAAAAAUAUAAAAGUUUACUGAUAACAAGUAUCAGCAAAAAAAGAAGCAGCAGUUUGCAAAAAAGAAAAAACAAGAAAAUAAAAACUUCGACAGUAACAACGCUUCGUUCGUUGAUUAUUUAUCGUUACAACGGAGGAUCAGCAGCAAAAAUUUCGUUCAAAAUUGAAUCACUGGCGAAAUCUUGUUGGGAGUCAAUUAUUGCGUGUGUGUGCGGCAUGCGUCGUCCAUCAACUGAGCAAACCGAAGGCGAUUUGAAUCGUCUCACCACAUCAGCGUCAAUUCGAAGUAGCGAAAGCUUGAAUUCGACACAUCAAACAAUCAUUAAGAAGACAAACGUCAAUAAUAAUGAUAAUAAUAAUAACAAAAGCAACAACUCAUCCAAUUAUUUGCCAAAUAUCAUAAUUGCAAAUGCUGAAUAUCAACAAUGUCGUAAGCGUAAAGAUCGACAUGAUAGCAUUUCCUCAUUGACGCAAGAUCGUAAAUUAGUUCGAUCAAAUAGCGAGGAACAUGUGCCGAGUUGUCAAGGCGAGGUGAUGCGUCGCGUGUCAUCGCAUGAAGAUUUCAAAAAGCCCUCGCCACUCAAAGAACACAACGACAAAGAAGAAAAAUCCGUGAAUGACGACGUGAAAUGUUUACAAUCAGUGAAAGAAGAGAAUGCAAAUGAUCAAUCAAAUUGUGACGAAACGACGACGACAACGGCAUCGACUAAAAAUAAGUUGAUUGAUUUGUCGCCAUCGCAGCAGCAAAUUCCUUUACGAUUACCGUCAAAUAAUAGUAUUGGAGGUGAUUUGUUGGAUGAACAUGAACGUCGUCGCAACACGGAGAGAUUCCUCAAAACGAAGUCACCAUCAGGACGUAAAUCACCAAGAAAGUCAUCACGUAAAUUAUCGCCAAAGCCAUAUUCAGAUCAUGAUGAGAAUGCUUAUCGAUUAUCGCCGUCAUAUUACUGUGAUGAUCAAGAUCGACGUGGACGUUCCGAUACCUCAGAAGAUGAAGUUGAUCAAAUUACGCCAAUGACACGAACACUUUAUCCAUGGGAACAUUCCGAUGACAAGCCUGUUGUUUGUCAAAGAUUUGCUGAUAACACAUUUGAUCACGUUCAUCAUUCAUCACUCACGAAGUUCAUUAAGCACGAUCAUGAUCCGAUCGAAUACACUGCCAUUAUCGACGACGACGACCACUAUUCGACCAUUAACAACAAUCUUUUAUUGUCGUCAGUCGAUAAGAAACAAUAUCGAAAUUUCAUGAAUGCUGAAGACAUCAAGACGCGCGACAUCAUGCAAAAAAGUCAUUCACCUGUUGGUAUUUAUCAAACACCUGAUGAACGUGUUCGUCAAAUAAAUAAACGUUUGACAUCAUUGAAGAAAAAAGUUUCCAUUUAUGAAGAAGAUUUUGAAGAGAAUUAUGGUUACCGGCCAUCUCAUGCUGAUAAGGCAAAUGAUAAGAAUAUCAAACACUACAUUGCAGAAAUACAUAAACUACGUAAAGAGAAAAGUCAGAUAAAAGUGGAUCCGAUAACCGCAAUGGGGUAUAAAAAUAAAUUUGAUGAUUCAAUUCCAGCGGAGAAGAAACUGACGAAAGUUAAAGAUACACUUGAAGACAUUGAAAAGCGACUUGAAGAGAAGCGGAACGAGGAACAACGUUCUGAAUUAAUUGAAGACAUGACCCCUGAUCAAUUGGUGGAUGAAAAGACGUCAGUUCAACGUGCGCUUCUGUAUUUUGAGUCAUUGUUUGGGAGACCAGGAACACCUGAUGAGCGUGAUGCAGCGAGGCCAUUGUACGAUCGUUAUCGGCUAUUGAAACGUCUUGUUAGUCGAAACAAUUCAAUAUCGGGGGCGAUUUCUGAUUUACCGACGAUAAUGGAGAAUGAAGCACUUGCUUUGUCAGGAAUGGUGUCACCAUCAUCGACAGAUUUCUCGCCACCUUCCGUACACUCAACAUUGCAAUCCCCAUCUGAUAGUUCAACGUCAACAUCAAUUGACACAAAUCCGAACAUUUCAGUGACAGCUUUCCAGGAAAACUUUCAACUGCACUCGAUGACGGUGAAAGAACUUUAUGCACAUUUCGACAUGGUUCGUGAAGAGAAAAAGCAGUUGAGACGAAUAAUUAAAGAAUUUGAACAUAACUUUGAGGAAAUUAAUGGUCGGAAAAUGUUGAAAUCAGACAGAAAUGCUAUCGAAGAUACUUAUUUAUUGUACAAACAGAAAAAAGCUAAAUUACGACUUCUUGAUGCGCUCGUUAAAAAACAAACCGCAAACUAAGCUAAAAGAUUUUUUUUUAUUUACUUUCGUUGAUAAACAAUUGAAAUCCCUUUUCUUACAUUGAAAUAACGAAAAGAAAGAAAAAAGAGGAAAACUUCUCAAAGUCGUGUCCCUUCUGUGAUAAUUUGACGAUUAAACAGACCUCUUGAGUAACCAUUUUCGAGCCUUUUUCGCUUUUCAUUUUUUACUUAAAACACAGAAAGGAGCAAAAAAAAAAGAAAAUUUUCAAUGUUGAGCAUGAAAACAAUCCGAAAAGUUAAAGUCACGUUUCUGUGAAAGAAGAAAAAACAACAAAAAAUUUUCAUGAAUUUUCAUUUCUGCUUUAUUAAUAAGUUUAAUAAUUAUUGAAACAUCAAUUCGGAAAGUAAUUUUUGUAACUUUACAAUAAAAUUUAGUCACAAUGAAGGCUUCAAAUGAACCAAAAGUUUAAAUAAAUAUUAAUUCAUUGAGAAUCAAGUCGAUAUUUUUACACUACUUAAAACAAAUUAAAUCGUGAAAUGAGAAUAAUUAAAAUUAUUAAACUUUUCUUUUUUAAUUCUAUAUUUAAAGUCACGUAACAUCUAAAAAUAUACGACCAGAAAUCACUACUUAAAUAUUUUAUGAACAUCGUUACUAACUAACGUAAGAAGUCAAACAUUAAAACAUUCUAAGCUUGGAAAAGGAAAAGAAAAUUGAAAAUUAUUUUGUUUUCUUUUAAAAUGUCAUAAGCGAUAUUAAAGUUAAAAAGUUUUUCUUUUUGUUUUUCAUUUCUCACUAACAAAGUUGUGCAGUCAUUAAUUUGCAAAAAUUUUAAUUGUUUUGUUUUGCGGGGGCGCAUGUGAGAGAAAAAGGUAAAAAUAUGCUACAAUUGUGAUUGUAUCAUGCAAUAAGUUCUUCUUUAAGUUUUCUUGUCUGAUGAAGGUUUUAAACUAUGAGACGAUUAUUGGAAACUUUUAUUCUUUUUAUCUUCUUUUCAUUAAAAAUGACAUGAAUUUUGUUAACAGUUUCCUUACUACUUACAUACUUUCAAUAUGAUAUUUUUCUUUUUAUUAAAUUUAAUAUUAUUACUACUAGAUGCUACUAUUAUUAUAAUUAUUAUUUCAGAUGUAAUCUAAGAGUAAAUAAAUAAUUAUGUAGUAUUACAUCUUACACAUAUAUAUUUGCAUCUACUUAUGCCUCUAGAGAUUGAUUUAUUGUAACAACAUCAGUUAAAAGAAAGAAAUCAAUUUCCUUAAAAAAAAGACUUAGAAAAGUUAAUCAAAGAAUGCUUAAAGCAUCGAAAAAAAAAAAAGAUAUUCACAACAUCAUCAUUAAAUGAUUUAAAAUAAAUGCAGAAAUUUGGGAUAAAAAGAUUGACUUAAAUAUAAAAGUUUAUGUUUUCUAAUGCUAGUUUAUGAUGGUACAUAACAAUUUUUAAUAAUAUUAUCACCAUGGAAAAGAAAGAUUAAAAUGCGCUAAGCGCAAUAAAUACAAAUUUAGAAUUAAGGAUUUAACAAACAUCAUAAAAUUAUUAAGAAUCACUUGAAAAAUUUAAUGUCAUGUAGAAAUUUCACUUUUUUUGUCUUUCUUUUUUUGACUUUAAGCGAUUACAAAAUUGAUUGUCUUGUAAGAGUGUCAUUCAAUGCAAUUCAAGUUAAGAAUAAGUUUCGCUCUCAUCAUGACGAUAUUUAUCUUAAAACUUACUCGUGAUCGAAACGUUUUACUCAAAAGAAAAAAGAAGCGUGAAAAUUUCAUUAAUAUUUUUGCAUUAAAAGUAAAUAAAAAAUGUUCAUCAUUAAUUCAAACAGCAAAUGAUACGAUUUUUAUGGAUGACAUUAAAUGUAAACUUUAUGGUCAUUUUUUUGUAAUUGAAGUCAAAAAUACUUACAAAAAAAAACAAAAAUGUGGAAAUAAAAAUUUAAUAGAAAAAAGAAAAUUGUCAACUUAGUUUUUGAUGUUUUAUGGUUGAAAAAGUUUUUCAUUUAUGAGUAUCACAAGGUUGGAUGUGCUAUUAUUAAGAAUAUAUUUGGGAAAGACGAGGUCGGUCUUUACACUUCUAAAUAUUGAUUCAGAACCUUCUAAAAUAUCUUCAUUAAUGAACGAGAGGGUUUGCCUUACUUAAAUAAUCCUAUCGGCUUCUCAACUUGCUUAAAAGCUUCCAUUCUUCUUCAUCAUCAAAAUUAAAUUUAUUUCUCUUUUCGUUUCGCCCUUUUUUCUAUCUUCCAAUUGAAAUCGAUUGAAAACUGCGAGAUAAG